AGAGAAAGAAGGGAGGGAGGAAAGCCCAGGGCAAAGGCGCGCGAGCUGGGCGCCAGGCACCACCGCUCCCGUUAGCAGUGGGCACUCCUCGCCGCCCCCGUGCGCAAGAUGCGGCGCAGCAGCUGGUGGGGAAGAACUGUGCGGGCGGAGGCCACCGGAGUCAGCCAAGCGCUAUCAGUGGAGAAAACCGGCUCACUCCGGCACAGGAGCAGCUAGAAGUGGCAGCGGAAAAGGAGCGAAGAGAAAGCUCCCGGAGGCGGAGAUCGACUCCACGCAGCCGCUUUCUUUACCCGCCACCCCAGUCCCAGAGUCCCCCGGCACGCGCGGAGAGGAGGUAGGACCCGGGCGGGCUCGGCUCCCAGCUCCCUGCUGGAUCGCAAGCCCACUGUGCAAAGGACCCCCUGCAGUAAAACCCACCCCGGAGCGAUCGCGCCAGCUCCGGCUAAAAGCUGUCUUGGAAGCUGAGCAGCAUGCGCCUAUUUGCUCCAGCUCCAGGUUCUUCGGAGUCCCCAGAGUCCCAGGCAGCGGGGCAAGACCUUGCACCGACUGGAGAAACCAGUUUAGCCAGAGACAGCUUCGGGACCCCCAGCUCCAGGCACAGAGAGCGUUCCCACAGGCCCCGAGCGCACUUUUGCAGCCCAAAGUAAUUCGCCAACUCGUCGCUGCCUUAAGGUGCAGCGCUGGCAGAGACGCAUGGAAAACCCCACCGGGUCCUCCGAGCGCGCACCGUGCCUUGGCCUCCGCUGGCUGCGCAGGCCGUGACUCUGACGCUGGUGCCCUUCGUGUGCGCCGUGGGCGUGAUGGGCAACGCCAUGUUGGUCCUGAUGGUGGUCCGGGUCCGCCACAUGGUCACAACCACCAGCUAUUACCUGGUGAGCCUGGCCGCUGCGGACCUGCCGGUGCUCCUAGCAGCCGGGUACCCACUGUGGCUGAGAAGGCAUCCACCCGAGUUUGGGUCUUUGGUCACGCAGGCUGCCUGGACAUCACCACUUGCAGUACAUGGGCAUCGGCCCCUCUGCGGGCUCCACCACGGCGUACACCGUGGAGCGCUGCCUCGCCAUCUGCCACCCACUGCGCGCCCAGGCGCUGUGCACAGUGGCGCGGGCCAAGCGCAUGGCGGCGUUGGUGUGGCUGGGGACCUGCGCCUACUGCGUGCUCUGGCUCUUCCUAGUGGACACUCGCGAUGCCGCGUGUGCCGCCGGCUUACAGGUGCAGUGCGGCUACCGCUUGUCGCCUCUCUCUACCUGCCAGUCUACUUCCUGGACUUCGCGCACUUCUAUGAGCCGCCCCUGGGCCUGGCCACCGUGCUCUACGCGCUUCUUCCCGUGGCUUCUUCGUCUGGCCGUCGCCUCUUGGCUAUUCCUGGCGCCCGUGCCCUGCGCACCAGGGCGGCUCUGCCUGCCAAGAAAUCUCCUGCAAAGGCAGGAAGCCCUGGAUUCUCAGAAGCAGCUCUCUUCUGUGUUGUGACCCAAGGACCCAGGCUAUUCUGCUUCAGUCUUGAGCUACCAACUUCUCACUAUCUGCCUCCGUGAUUCCCACAGCAGAGGAAGAGAGUCUGAACAAGUCCCAAACUGGCAAUGAAUGCUUCAGCCAAUAAGUGGCACAUGUCACUUCAGCUCUCAACGAAUAACACAGCUGUCUUAUUGCAAAGCAGCAGAGAAUCCUGUGAUCCCAAAAGGGUUUCUUUUCAUCAUGAGUUCUCGGAUGUUGAGAAAAACUUGAGUUUAAGCUAAAAGCUUUCCACAUGGAUUACAUACAAAGGAUUUCUCUCCUGUAUGGAUUUUCUUGUGUUUAUUCAGAUCUGAGGUAAGGCGAAAGGGCCUCUCUACUGAAUGAGUUUUCUGAUGUUUACUAAGGUUUGACUGAUGUUUAAAGGUUUUUUCGCAAAUAGUCCAUUGAUAGGGUCCCUCUCCAGUGUCAAGUUAGAUCUGAGGAAUGGACAAAAGUCUUUUCAUAAUUAAUACAAGUGAAAGGUCUCUUUCCAGUAUGGAUUUGUCAAUGGCGAGCAAGAUCUGUGUGCUAGGUAAGGGAUUUUUCACAACCAUCACGUUUGUAAGGUCUUUCUCCAGUAUGAAUUCUUUGAUGUAGGACAAAUUGUGAGUAUGGACUGAAUUCCCUUCUGCAAUAAUUACAUGCAUAACAUUUCAGUAUGAAUUAAUUGGUGUCGAGUUUUUUCUGAGAAAUGGAGAAAGCUUUUUUCCAUAAAGUGUAUAGGAAAAGGGCUUCCUUUGAACAUGAGUUUUUUGAUGCUGAGUCUGGUUUAUUUUCUUGCCAAUGUGAAACCUCUGAUGUAUAGAGAGAGAUGAGAGAAACCGAAAGGCCUUUUCACAUAUAUCACAUGUGUACGGUUUCAGUGUACUAUAUAUGCUCUGAUGCUGAAUAACCUUUGAAGCUCUGUUAAAAUUUUUGCCACACUGGUUACAUUCAGAGUGUUUAUCUGGUAUGCAAAUUCUUUGCAGUGUUGUAAAUGAUGAGCGAUGCCUAAAGGAUGUAGUAUUUUCACCAUAUUUGUGGUCUUCCUCUAGCUUGUGAAUUUUCUGGUGUCCAGUAAGUUGUGAGAUAUGCCCAGAAGCCAUGCCACAGCCAUCACAUUCAUAAUGCUGGACAAAAGCACAAGGGUUUUGCUAUUCUGCAUGGUGAAAGCUUUGUCUGAAGGCAUUCCCAGAUAUAUUGAGGGCAUGAAAAGUCACCCAUGAUGGUUGACAUGCUAUGAGGAAAAUAAUGAGAGGAAAAUGAAAUCAAAACCAAGUACUGCAACAUACAUCAAGGAUUCUAUUAAUGAGCUGCCUUCCCUGCUGUCAGCACUGAAACUUGAGAAAUUUUUCUGCAAUUCCUGGAUGACCUUACAUUCUGGCAAUUUCUACCUUCUGAUGGAAAUGUCAUCUCUCACCACCUAGAUGCUUGGCGCGGCAGGUAAUCUUGGAGCCUCCAGGUCAACGCUCAGUGACCAGGUCCUGCACGAAGCUCUGCUUUCACAGUUCUCUAAACUUUUCCAGGAGGUGAAGAAAAUGAACACAUCCCAGGCAUCCGUGUUGUUCGAGGAUGUGUCUGUGGACUUCACCCAGAAGGAGUGGCAGCUGCUGGAGCCUGCCCAGAGGCUCCUGUACAGGGACGUGAUGCUGGAGAACUACGGGCACCUGGUGUCACUGGGACACUGUGUUACCAAACCCGAGCUGAUAUUCAGGUUGGAGCAAGGAGAAGAACCAUGGAUGUUAGAGAGAGAACGUCCAAGUCAGAGACACUCAGAAGUCCAGAAAGCCAAUAACAUGAAAGAGAGAAGCCAAGAAAAUAAAGACAGAUAUUUGAGACAAGCUCUGUUCCUAAACAACAAAACACUGAUUAAUGAGAAAAGCAAGACCUUAAGGAAAGUAUUUAAUAAGGCCAAAAACCCAGUGCACUCAAGAAAAGUAUCCCAUAAAUUUGACUCAUUUGGAACAAGCUUGGAAAAUGUUUCAGAAUUAAUUGUUAGUAGUGGAAACCAUGUAAGAAAAAAGUCUGAUGAUUUCAAUGGAUGUGGGUUCCUUGAUAUAAAGCCUAAGAAAACUCACACAGAGAACAAACCCUGUGAAAAUGAUCAAAAGAAGAAAUCCCACAGUUGUAAUGAGGACUUCAUUCAACAUCAGAAGAAUUCAUCUUUGGAGCAACUUCUUGGAUAUAAUAACUGUGGGAAAGGCUUUCACAGAAAAACAGCUUUUGUUACACGUAAGAGAACUCACACAGUAGAGAAGCCCUCUGCAGGUAACAAAUACAGACAAGCUUUUAUCCAAAAGUUAAGGCUCAAUUCUUGUCCAAGAAGCCUUAGGGAGAGAAAACCAGGUGAGUCCAGUAAAAAUGGGAAAUCCUCAUGCAUGAAGGCAAAACAUGAAGGAACUCACAUAGGGGAGAAACACUAUAAAUGUAAUAAAUUUAGGAAAUCCUUUAGCAAGAAGUCAAACCUCACCCAAAAUCAGAGACUUCAUACAGGAGAAAAACCUAAAGAGUAUAAUGAAAAUGUGAAAGCCUUGGGGAAGUCAUACCACACUCAAGAUGAAUGGACUCGUGUGGGAGGGAAAAUCUACGACUGUAAAAGGUGUGGAAAAUCCUUUCAUGAAAAAUCAUGCCUUGCUCAACAUCAGAGAACUCACACAACAGGAAAACCCAGCAAGUGUAAUGACAGUGAAAGAGCCUUAAAGAAGGAAUCACACCUCACUCUUGGUCAGAGAAUUAACACAAAGAGAAAAACUGUAAAGGUAGUAAAUGUGAGAAAUCUUUCUUUGAGAAGUCAAAAUGUGCUCAACAUCAGAGAACACACUUGGAGAACAAACCUGGUGAGUGUAAUGAAAGUGGGAGUGCCUUAAGUAGGAAGUCACACCUCACUCCAAAUCAGAGAGCUCACAAAAGAGAGAAAACCUAUGACUGUAAUAAAUGCGAGGAAA